AUGUCCGACGUCGCCUCUGCCUUGCAGCGCCUCGCCUCGUAUCGCGCCAACCACUCUAGGGCUUCACAGGAUGUAUUCAAGAAGGGUGACAUUGUCUUGAAAUCUGGAAAGGCACCAAAAGGGGAAGAAGGAUGGGCGUUCCUCGAACAGCUGGCACUGGCUGCUAUCGACCUCGACAGAUUAGAGGUCGCUGAUGCAUGCAUCGCACAACUCGCCAACAAAUUCCCCGAUUCACCCAGGGUGGACGUCCUAACUGGCAUCCGUAUCGAAGCUACAGAACCUCUCGACAUAGUCCUCAGCUACUACCGCGAACUCUUGCAAAAGGAUUCUACGAACGCUGCUGCGUGGAAACGCAAGAUAUCUGUGCUUCGCCAGAAGGGAGGAAUCGACCAGGCAACUGAAGAACUCAUCCAAUACCUCGAUACUUUCUAUACCGACCCAGAAGCAUGGCUGGAACUCGCAGAUAUCUAUGUAACGAACCGACAAUACACGUCAGGGUUACAAGCGCUUUCGCAUGCACUGGCUUUGAAUCCACAGAACCCAUUCACAUUUGUUCAGUUCGCAGAGACUGCGUAUUCGGCUGGUGACCUCCCACUGGCGCUCAAGAUGUUCUUGGUUGCCGUGGACAUGAUUGAACGCGACCUUGACUCGCCUCAGACUACACCGCCGACCGGACUGGCCAUUAGAGCUUGGUGGGGAGUGAAACUGUGUUCUCGUCACCUACUCGAAACCCCGAGCUUAAGCACAUCUCCCUCGAACACAAAAGUGCCUAAAUCACUCUCAGCCAUCGACGAACUUGCAACAGAACGGGUUCUGGUAGCUUACAAGGGUGAAGAAGCAGCACCCCAGCGGCGGUUGGUAGAGAAAUGGUUGUCUUCCAAAUAA